ACACUGACCCCAUCCUUGAACCCAGCCUAGUCCACACUCGUGAUCAUGGCAUGCUCUGGCCAGGGCCCAGUCCCUCCAUCCUCCCUGGAUGGACGCCUGGGACUGGGGGCACAGGCCUGGGCUGGGCUGGGCUCCCCCGGUCCUGCCUCCUUGUUCAUCUCCCCACAGGUCCCGCCCCGGCCUAGGAGGUCAGCCGGGGAAUCAUUAACGAGAGGCUGUGACAUGGCUGAGAAGGAGGGUGGCCGGACUGUGCCAUGCUCCAGACCCAAGGUGGCAGCUCUCAUUGUGGGGACCCUGCUACUCCUGACAGGCAUCGGGGUGGCGUCCUGGGCCAUUGUGACCGUCCUACUCAGGAGUGACCAAGAGCUGCUGUACCCAGUGCAGGUCAGCCCGGUGGACGCAAGGCUCACCGUGUUCGACAAGACGGAGGGGACCUGGCGGCUUCUGUGCUCCUCGCGCUCCAACGCCAGGGUGGCAGGUCUCAGCUGCGAGGAGACGGGCUUCCUCAGGGCUGUGGCCCACUCAGAGCUGGACGUGCGGACAGCAGGCGCCAACGGCACAUCGGGCUUCUUCUGUGUGGACGAGGGCAGGCUGCCCCAGGCCCGGAGGCUGCUGGAGGUCGUCUCUGUGUGUGACUGUCCCAGAGGUCGUUUUUUGGCCACCAUCUGCCAAGACUGUGGCCGCAGGAAGCUGCCCGUAGAUCGAAUUGUGGGAGGCCAGGACACCAGCUUGGGCAGGUGGCCAUGGCAAGUCAGCCUGCGCUAUGAUGGAGCCCACCUCUGCGGGGGGUCCCUGCUCUCGGGGGACUGGGUGUUGACAGCUGCCCACUGCUUCCCAGAGCGGAACCGCGUCCUGUCCCGCUGGCGAGUGUUUGCCGGGGCUGUGGCCCAGGCCUCGCCCCAGGGCAUGCAGCUGGGGGUGCAGGCCGUGGUCUACCAUGGAGGCUAUCUUCCCUUUCGGGACCCCACCAGCGAGGAGAACAGCAAUGAUAUUGCCCUGGUCCACCUUGCCAGCCCUCUGCCCCUCACGGAGUACAUUCAGCCUGUGUGCCUCCCGGCGGCUGGCCAGGCCCUGGUGGAUGGCAAGAUUUGUACAGUGACUGGCUGGGGCAACACGCAGUACUAUGGCCAGCAGGCUGCAGUGCUCCAGGAGGCCCGAGUCCCCAUCAUCAGCAAUGAUGUCUGCAAUAGCCCUGACUUCUAUGGGAACCAGAUCAAGCCCAAGAUGUUCUGUGCCGGCUACCCUGAGGGUGGGGUUGAUGCCUGCCAGGGCGACAGCGGUGGUCCCUUUGUGUGUGAGGACAGCAUCUCUCGGACGUCACGUUGGCGGCUCUGCGGCAUUGUGAGCUGGGGCACUGGCUGUGCCUUGGCCCAGAAGCCGGGCGUCUACACCAAAGUCACUGACUUCCGGGAGUGGAUCUUCCAAGCCAUAAAGACUCACUCCGAAGCCAGCGGCAUGGUGACCCAGCUCUGACCUGUGGCGUCUCCUCGCUGCACGUGCCUCCAGGGCCGGAGUUGGUCUAGGUGGCUCCAGCCCCACAUGGUAGGAGCCACGCUGGGCCUAGGCUGGGACAUUUUUCUUCUUGGGCCCAGUCCACGGGUCGAAGGACAGCCUCCACUCAGGUCCUGUCUCCCACAGUGCUGGGCCCACUCAGUCCUGGGACCACCCACGCCUCGCCCUCCCACCCCAUGUAAAUAUUGGUCUGUCCCCUGGGGCCUCUAGUCUGGGGCCCCCUGAUGACAGGAUGCCCUUUAAAUAAUAAAAACGGUUUUGAUUAAUGUG